AUGACAAAUCUGUUUAAAUUUAAAUUUCUAUGUAUUGUAAUUUUCCAACAUAAUUUUAGUGUCAUUCCCCCUGGAACCUUACCUAAAGAGCAAGUUAUAUAUGAUCGCGAAAAAAACACCAAAACUGUGAUUUCCUACGAAUCGGACGAUGAUGGUGAUUACAAAAUUACUAAAGAAUACACUAUUCAACGAAUGAAGGUAUCCGCCGCUGCCGCAAAGCGCAAGGAAUGGAAGAAAUUCGGUGAUGCCAAAAAUGACCCACCAGGACCUAAUUCAGCUAACACUUAUCCUGGUGAAGUAGUGAAGAUUCAAUAUAUUUCAAACAAAUUCCUUGAGGCUGGAGCUCAGAAAGAAGACGAUGCCAGUGCUAAGGCUUUGAAGCCCAAACAGGCGGUUACCUGUCGUAUUUGCAAAGGUGCUCAUUUCUCUACUCAGUGUCCAUUCCGUUACGAAAUGGAGGCAAUACGUUCGGUUGUUGAAUCCACAGUUGGGUCUGAUACUCAGGGUCCUGAUGCUAUGACUAAGGCUGCUAUCCAAGAAAUCGGGCCUGAACUCAACUCUGGACGUUAUAUUCCACCUUCCCUCCGCGCCGCUGCUGGUGUUCCGGAACGUUCUCGUUCGGACAAUUUCUCAGUCCGUGUCACCAAUCUUCCUGAAGACACAAGUGAAAAGGAUUUGAGAGAGCUGUUUGAACCUUUCGGCCAUAUUGUCCGCGUUUAUUCUGCGAUGGAUAAAAAGACCAACAAAAGCCGGGGAUUUGCUUUCAUUUCCUACCGAACGAAAGAGGAAGCUGCAGCUGCUAUUUACUCAGCCAAUGGCAUGCCUUACUCCAAUCUCAUUUUGAAGGUCGAUUGGGCGCAGUAA